AUGAGACACAUGGAGGGUUCACUGCCUAAAGCCAACCUCGCUUUCCCGGACUGCUCUGCUAUGGCUGCUAAGUUCCGUGCGAUGAAUAAUAGCGCUGAAGAACAAGUUCGUUCUCGGCAACACGAGGUAACCCAUCUUGUUCAUCCUGCCACAAACCAAAGUUACCUUUGUUGUAUCUCGGAUGCGGUUCAAUCUUGCGACAUUCUCGGAAAUCCCUGCGAAGAUUAUAGAAAUCAGAGCAUAUUUAUCAGAUUGAGGAAGAAGAAAGCACACAACUUAGAAAUCAAGUUACUUAGCUGUUACAAGCGAACAAGAAAAUCCACAAGAGGAAUGAAAAGGAUUCUCGUUCGGUUUCAUUGUUUCUUCAUCUUCUUGCUUCUUACAAGAGUUCCUUUAUCCUCACUCCUCCCGCACCGAUACUGGUUAUGUAGGUUCAGAUACUGCAAGAAUUCUGAAUCAGGAGCAUGGUGA